AUGUCGCAGUCUCAACCUACAUCGCAAUCCCUUGAAAUCACCUACUCCAUCACUGUACCCGAAGCUCUAUCCCGACCCUCCCCACCACCCACCACAGCGCCCUCCUCAGGGACGCUCAGCUUCCCCCUCAACACGACCUCUUCCCGGAACGAAUGGUUGAGCUCAUUGGAAAAAGCCUUGGGAGAAGCGAGGGGCGAGCUGAACGAGAAGUUGAGCGAAUGGAAGGAGGUGAUGAAGCCUUUUGAGAAGGUCGAGGGGACGAAGAAGAAGGGGGAUGGGGAAGGGCAAGAGGACGAUGGUGAGGAGGGGGAAGAGGAAUAA